AUGGCGACUACUACUGCAAAAGACCCCACUUUCCGCUCCUACUCAGCGGAGGAAGCCAAAGUUUACGCAACGCACCGUCUUUCAUACCCGGAAACCCUCUACAACAAAGUCCUCGAACACCACGCUUCUACAGGCGGGCAAUUCACCCUCCUAUUUGACGUUGGCUGUGGACCUGGGAAUGCUACUCGUGAUGUCGCGUUGUCGUUCGAUCGUGCAAUUGGUGCUGAUCCGGGAGAGGCGAUGAUUGGAGCUGCGAGAGAACUUGGAGGUAAGACGAAAUCGGGGGCAGAGAUCAGAUACGAGGCUUGUCCUGCAGAGGGGAUUUCUAAGAUCAAGGGGUUGGAGGCUGAGUCGGUUGAUCUUCUGACUUCGGCUAUGGCUGUGCAUUGGUUUGAUAUGCCCAAGUUCUGGGCUGAGGCUGCGAAGGUGGUCAAACCUGGAGGAACGGUUGCUCUGUGGACUUGUUCAUCCGCGUUCUGUCAUCCUUCGACGCCAAAUGCAGAUAAGGUUAUGGAAAUACUCCUUCAUUUCGAGAGGGUGACCCUUGCUCCCUAUACACAGCCUGGAAACCUUCUUUCAAUGAACAUGUACGACGAUCUACCACGCCCAUGGACGGUCUCACCACCAGUCAAAGAUUUUCCAGAAUCAAAGUAUAUCAAACAUGACUGGGACCGAGACGGCAAAUUAAGUGACGGAAAAGAUUUCUUUGGCGGUGGAGAGAAGAGCACACUAAAAGAGAUCGAAGCCGGAAUGGGAACAGCCAGCAUGGUAACGAGAUGGAGAGCCGCCAAUCCCGAAUUAGUCGGCACAGACAAAGACGUGGUGAAGGUCUUCAUCAAGGACCUGAAAGAGGCACUGGGCGGCCAAGAUUGGGUGGAGAGAGGUAGCGGGACAACCAUCAUGCUAUUCAAGAAGUCUUGA